ACGACGACGACGGCGGCGGCGGCGGCGACGACGACGACGACGCUGACGUGGGUCAGAGUCUUCAGGGAUGCAUUGAUUCCCUGUCCGCGGCCAUGUCUGCCCCGAGCAGACCGACGGGUCGUCUGGAGAUCGCGGGCGCAUCAAAGGCGAGCUCGCUCACGGCAGGCUCGCGGCGGCGGCGACCCCGCCGGCCGUCGCGACGAGGGGCAUAACACUGCUAUGUCAAAGCAGAUGCAGCACACAUCUUCGAGCGGAAGUCGAGACCUGGAUCACAGAGUUGGACAGGCUGUUGGAGCAGAGGCUGGCCCAGAGUGCCACGACGGAGGACGAGGGCGCCUACAUCCACGAGGCGCUGGACAGCCUCGAGGGCACCCUGAAGCAGGCCGGCGAGGAGUGGUGCGCGAGGCCCUUCGGCAGCCUGCCCAGCACCCUCCGCGCGUGCGGCUCCGACGUGGACGUGACCUGCCUGCGCCAGGACGGCCUGCCCGCUGGGCAGACCCCGGCCAGCCUCCUGUCCGAGAAGAUCGGCCCGCUGUUCCGGGGUCACCCCCGCUUCAAGGUCCUGCAGGAGGUGCUGCACGUCAGGGUGCCCCUCCUGCGGCUCCGCUUCGAUGACCGGCUCGACGUGGACCUGUCGUGCCAGAACACGAGGGCGCUGCAGAACACACGCCUUCUGAGCGUAUACGCGGACCUCGACGCGAGGGUGCGAAGCCUGAUGGUCGCGGUGAAGCUCUGGGCAAAGGCAGCAGGCGUCUGCGGCGCUUCGCGUGGCAGGCUGUCGUCUUACGCGUUCGUGCUCCUCACCAUCUACUACCUGCAGGUGGACCCAGAGGUCGAGCUUCCGAUCCUCCCCGUUACCGCGUUCCGCGAGGAGGCGUACCUGGGGCAAGAUGACGAGAGGAUCGUGAAUGAUUGCCGUGGCCGAUGCCAUGCUCGCUGCCCUGCGUGGAGCUCCUCCGGCGAUUCUUCUCGUUUUACCACUGCGGGUUCCGGAGGGGCGGCGAGGUCGUAAGCGUGCGCCUCGGAAGGCGGCGAAAUGCGGCGUGGCCGCAGCUGGCGAGGCUGCGCGGCCGCCACGUCCCGCGCCUGCACAUCGAGGACCCGUUCAUCCUGGAGCGCAACCUCAACUGCGUGCUGGGCGGCAGGAGGCCGAGCUUUGGCAGGCCUUUGCGGAGGCCGCUGGCCAGCUCAGCUCCGGAGGGCUCCCAGUCGGGCUCGGCGCGGGUGCACCCGGGUGGGAGCGGGUCAGCUGCAGGGGCGCCUGGGAGGCGAACAACGCGCUCGUCCCCUCGAAGAUGCCGCUGCAAGGCGAGGAGGACAGACCACCAGGGGCCAGCGCCGAGCACGCUGAGCCGCACGACAGCGAGCACAAGGUCGGAUCGCAGCCGCUCGCCCGACGGCGGCAGCCUGAAGCUGGCCACGGAGGUGGUGGACGGCCACCAGGGUGCUGCUUCGUCGAUGGCCCACACCAGCGCGGCAGGAGCCGGCACCCGGGACUUACUCCACCAGGCCCUGCCUCCCUCGCUGCCGUCGCAGCGGUCGCUCCCAGUGACCGCGGCCCGCGCCUCCGUGCGGGGUGGCGGCGGCCGGGCCGUCGCCCCAGGGGCCUUCCGGCAGAGCCCUCCGCCGCAGUCGCAGGACCCUCCAGGCUUCGCCGCCGCCGCAGCCGCCGAGCCUGCAGGCGGGAAGCCGGCAUGGCAGCCCAAUCCCGACGCGCCCGUCUUCGUGCCAGCACCCACCGACCAGGACCGCUGCUACAGCGACGGCAGUCCUGCCUGCGACGAGGACCGCAGCAAGGGUGGCGCCCAGCUCGCGGCCUGGCGCCUGGCACGCACGCCUCCGGCGCGCACGGCUGCUCGGCCGAGGGCCUCGCCAGCCGCUGUGCAUUCAGCGCCCCCGAAAGCGUCCGUCAAGCCCCCGGGAACGUUCCGGCCGCCGGUGGUCGCGCCGGCUCCCUCUGCCGCGCCGUCGCCGCCUCCCGCGACGUGCCCUGCGCUGCCACCGCUGGGGUCCGCAGCUGCUCCACCGACGGCCGCCUCCGACCGCGGGCUUCGGCUGCCGGCUGCCCCUGGGACACUGCCGGCCCCACCCCCCGUGGAGGCGCACGGAGCACCAGCAUCCGCUGGCGGGUACUGCACGGCGGCAGUGGCCGUGGCACCUGCCGUAGCCUUGGCCGUGGUCUUGGUUGCGGGGGCCAUCGCGGGAGUCCCGGACCACUUAGUCCAGCUUGGAAGUGCGCCUGCUCACGCGGCCGCGCUCGCACGUUCGUUGAGCGUCGACGUUGAAUUGCUGCGUGCCUCUGCUCCUGGGCUCCUGACGAUCGCGGCCCAGGGAUGCCACAGCGCGGCUGUGGCUGGGCUCCAGCCAGAGUGUGGAGCAGCACGCUCUGCCCCGCCGAUGGCCGAGGAAGGAGAGGCAGGCGACUCCGAGACCAGCCUGGCUGACCAUGGCCACUGGUUCCUCUGAUUGGCCUCGGCUCUGCACUCUGGGAGCCCGCUCUCCGCUCCCCUCCUGGGGGGAAUGCUCUUUUGGAAGAAAACAACGAUCUCCCGAGGCCUCGACUCCAGGGCAGGAAGGUCGUCUGGCCGCGCGGGGGCCACGGCAGCCUCGGCGUGGCGGCAACGCAGCCGCGGGCAUUUAAGAUCGCUCUGGAUGGGGCAAUAAUAACCUGUCCAGAGUAUCAGGGGCAACGGCAGGGAAGGAUAGGCGUAAGCGGGUGCAUCGAGCCCGGAUCGCGUAUUGAUCGAAGGAUGAUCGACUUCCCAAGGGUACCCUUGCAUCCUUGCCUCUUCGGCCAUUUCUGGCCCAUCCUCAACCGCUCUCGAUGGCCAGCCCCGCUCGAGAAGCUUCGACACGGGCGUUGCAAGGCCUGUGCACCUUUGGCGCGCAUCCUCACCAUCAGCUCUGACUGCAUGCCAGCCCCUCCCCUGUCGCCCCCCCCUCAGAGCCGGGGCCCCUCGCGGCCACCUGAGGGGGGGGCCCUCGGCCCUCUGGCGGCGGGCAGCCGCCGUCUCGGCAGGCGCGUGCCCAGCUUUGGCAGUGCUCGCCCCCCGUUCUCAAGGGCUCCGGGCCUCCCCCCGACGUGGCCGGAGGAGGAGGCUGGGGCUCGGAGGGUCGAGCCGCACCGCCGUGAUGUGGAGUCGCAGUGGUCUCGCAUGCGCCGCGCGGCAGAUCCACAGAGCGUUCGAGCGGAGCGCGUACGCCUGUGCCGCCAUGCGAUGGAGCGGACGAAGAUCAUGCCGCCAUCCUGCUGCGCAUGCAAGGCAAACGGAUGUUCCCCACGCAGUUUCAAUGUUUAUCGGAGGCGCUUUGCCCCAUGCAGUCGCAGCUGGCUGAGCUAUUCUCCGACGAUUUUCUCCUCAGGCUGCUUCUCCUUAGUGCCUGUAUGCUGAAUAUUUCCUCUAGAGCCUGUAUGGCGUCUUUCGCUCGGCAUCAGCUCUGCACGUUCGGCUCCUUCACAGAAGGCUGACAUUGCGGAACGUAACGCCCGAGUCAGACAUCAAACAGUCUGUGCUUGGCAAGCCAGGCCUGACAUCCAGCCGCGUCAGCCCCAGCGGGUGCCAGUCCAAAAGCGGUUCAUGCACGUGGCCCUGGACUGAUCACCGCUUUAAAUUCUAGCGCUUCUCCUCAUCAGAGGCCUCGCUGAGUGCAUGCUGCCUCGACCGCCUCGCUGGGACCCAAGGAGAUUCGAUUGAACAGCUUCACGCGGGCAUGAAGCUUCGCAUCCCAUGAUGUUGGAACAGGG